AUGAACAGUGCGCUUCCGCCGGUGAUUGCUUUUGGCAUCAAGUCAGUAACAGCCAUUUGUUGGAAUGGUACCGUUGAUUCCCUUUUUCAAGGACUGUUUGAAGAGCAUAGUAGCUUUUUUUUAAAUAUUGGAUGCACUGGUACUGAUUUGUACAUCACAAAUCUCGCAAAUCAUGGUGCAUACAGUGGACGUGGCCGUGGUGGUGGAGGUGGCGACUAUGGUUAUGAUGACCGCUACGGCGGCGCUAGUUAUGGUAGAGGCCGCGGGCACUACGAUGACUAUGACGGAUAUGCUAGAGGUGACGGAUACGGACGUGGCGAUGGUGCGUAUAGUGGACGUGGCCGUGGUGGUGGAGGUGGCGACUAUGGUUAUGAUGACCGCUACGCCGGCGGUAGUUACGGUAGAGGCCGCGGGCACUACGAUGACUAUGACGGAUAUGCUAGAGGUGAUGGAUACGGACGUGGCGAUGGUUUUGGUCGUGGCGAUGGAUAUUACAGAGGCGGCCGAGGGGGUUUUGGUGGCCGUGGUGAUGGCGGUUAUGGGCGCGGUGGACUUGGACGUGGACGAGGCGCUGCUUAUUAUGAUGACGACCGCGAUUACUAUAAUGGCGACGGGCCAGUUAUGAUGAUCUAUGGGAUUGAUCAAGAGAAUUUCAACUGCGACAAAAUGUUCAAUCUUCUCUGUCUUUACGGCAAUUGCGAAAAGGUAAAUUUGCUGCUGUUUUUUCCUGAGAAGGCGGCGGUGAUUAUUGGAACUCAUCAAGUUCAUAAAUCGAAGACGGACACGGCAAUGGCACAGAUGGGUACUGUACGACAAGUUUAUACAGCAAUUGAUAAUCUUCAUGGCACGCAAGCUUUUGGCAACAGAAUUGCAUUGCGUCCAUCAAAACAGCAGAUUUUGCAUGAAAUACGUGAUCCGUUUCCGUUACCCGAUGGCACACCAUCAUUUCGGUACUUGGAUUGUCAAAUAAAUGGCCGUGAACGUUGCUGUUUCAGGGAAUACAUCAACAGUCGUAAUCAGCGCUACAGCACCCCUGAGCUGGCGGCACGAAAUCGAAUUGUGAAACCAACGAACGUCUUGCAUUGGUAUAAUGCUCCAGUUACGAUGACCGAAGAGAAGCUCAGAGAGGUCCUUUCUUUUCGUCCCAAUAGCACAAAAUACUGGAAGCUGGUGAAUGUUCCAUGA